AUGGCCGUUAGUAGAAUAGUUCGUGCUUGCUACCAGCAGCAUAUGCGGACAGGUCAGAUUUUAUCGCCGACCGGAAGUGUCAUUAUAUUCCAACCCAAACGGUGUGAAAUACAGCAAAUUAGUUCCAGCUCGCCCACUCUGGGUGACAAGUUGGCCACUGCCAAAGCAGUUCAGAAGCAUGACUGGAACCGAGCUGUGAGUGAAGCGGAGAAGAUCGUUGGCUAUCCGACGUCGUUUCUAAGUCUUCGAUGGUUGCUCAGCGACGAGAUUGCGAAUGUGGCACUUCACCUACGGAAACUGGUCGGUAGCAACCAUCCGCUGCUGAAAACCGCUAAAACUCUCGUGUACAACGAUAAAAACCAACGACCGUGGGGUUUAAUCGUCCUGCUAGUAUCGAAAGCCGCCGGGCAUGCACCGACCAUACCAGAAAUGGACCAGGAUAAAAGUGCCGGUGUGCUGCAUUCGCAGCGAGCACUGGCGGAAGUGACGGAAAUGAUUCGCACGUCGCAUCUCAUCCAUCAGGGAAUGAUCAACCUGCAGUCAAUGGACAAUGCAGGAAACAAUCUCAGCGGUGACAGCGAGACGAUAUUUGGCAAUAAAAUGGCCCUGCUCGGGGGAGACUACCUGUUGGCUAAUGCUAGCCAGCAGGUUGCCAAUUUGCGCAAUCAAGAUCUCAACAUGCUUAUCUCGUCCGCUUAUCGAGAUUUGGCUGAGUCAAACUUUAUCGGUGACCGUGAUGAGCAAAACAACCCAUUACCUUCAAAACCGGCGUCGACGGCAAAAGGUAAAUCCGCGCCGGACUGCACUCUUAGCGAGCUAUGUUUUGGUGAUCUGCAGGAUAACACCCAACCGAUGAGUAUGGAAGAAGUUCUGGGUAACCCGGAGAAGGAAUGGUCCCUGAGACACGUGCUCGGCGGCGGUAGUCUGCUGGGAAAAAGUUGUCAAGGAGCACUAAUGCUAGCCGGACAGCCGGAAGAACUCCAAACGCAAGGAUAUCUGUUUGGAAAACAUCUGUCGCUUGCGUGGCAAGCCUACAUCGAUUUGCAACCGUUUCUAUUGAACAAAUUACAAUCAGAUGCUCAGUUUAGUUUGGUGUCUGCUCCGGUGCUAUUCCAUCUCGAGCACGAUCCUAGUAUCUACGAGCAGAUCGAACGAGGACGCACAUCGGUCGAUGAAAUUGACUACCAGCAGCUGCAUUGUGCUGUAAAAGCCGGUCCCGGACUGGAGAAAACGAAAAACCUAGUCAAUAAGCAUAGCCAGGCUGCGAUGCAAGUUUUGGAUCGAUUACAGCCGUCCGAUGCGCGUACUGCACUGCAGAAUAUUAUCCUCGCAAUGCAGGAGCUGUAG